AUGGUCCAUCUAUCAAGAGUCAGAAAAGGCAAACAAGUCCGACGUCAGGAUGCCCAGGAGUCCGGUGACAGCUCGGCCGCUCCGUACGUCUACGCGACGCAUUAUGCCGCAGAGGAGCUGCCUGAGCAUGAGCUUGCAGAGCAAGAGAUGCCAGCUGCUGUGGUGAAACGCAUGAUUCAGGAUGAGUUGAGUCUGGAUGGGAACCCACUGCUCAACAGUCUAGCUAGUUUUGUCACUACCUAUAUGGAAGACGAAGUCGAAGACCUGAUGACCGACGCCAUGAGUAAAAACUUCAUUGAUUAUGAACAAUAUCCCCAGACUGCGCAUAUCCAGAACCGCUGCGUGAACAUGAUCGCUGGACUGCUACAUGCACCCACUAAUAAUGACGAAGAAAGUGAUCUGGACUCGCUCGGUACAUCAACGGUCGGAUCAUCCGAGGCCAUCAUGCUGGGAAUGUUGGCUAUGAAGAAACGAUGGCAGAACCGACGCAAAGCAGAGGGAAAAGAUUGGACAAGGCCGAAUAUUGUUAUGAAUAGCGCAGUCCAGGUUUGUUGGGAGAAGGCAGCAAGAUAUUUCGACGUCGAGGAAAAAUAUGUCUACUGUACGGAUACUAGAUACGUAAUUGAUCCGCAGACAGCGGUGGAUUUGGUCGAUGAGAAUACCGUCGGAAUUUGUGCAAUCGUCGGCACGACGUAUACGGGCCAGUAUGAGGAUGUCAAGGCCAUUAAUGAUCUAUUAACGGAGCGAAACAUCGACUGUCCAAUCCACGUGGAUGCGGCGAGUGGUGGAUUUGUGGCGCCGUUCAUCAAUCCAUCCAUGAUUUGGGAUUUUCAGUUGGAAAAGGUGGUUUCGAUCAAUGUGUCCGGGCAUAAAUAUGGGCUGGUGUAUCCCGGCGUGGGCUGGGUAUUCUGGCGAGGGCCUGAAUAUCUUCCCAAAGAGUUGAUUUUCAACAUCAACUACCUCGGAUCUGACCAAGCCAGCUUCACCUUGAACUUCUCCAAGGGAGCCUCGCACAUCAUCGGACAAUACUAUCAGCUGCUGCGGCUGGGCCGGCACGGAUAUAAAUCCAUCAUGUCGAAUCUGACGCGGACAGCCGACUAUCUAGCUGACGAACUCGAGAAACUCGGCUUCGUCAUCAUGAGCGAAAAAGGGGGCCGAGGGCUUCCACUUGUUGCAUUCCGAUUUCCCGAAGAUGAGAACCGACUGUACGACGAGUUUGCCCUAGCUCAUUCGCUUCGUCGGAGAGGAUGGGUCAUCCCAGCAUAUACUAUGGCACCACACAGCAACCAGCUCAAGAUGAUGCGGAUCGUCCUGCGCGAGGAUUUCAGCCUCCACCGAUGUAACCUGUUGAUUAAGGAUUUCAAAAUGGCCAUCAAGGGAUUGGACGAGAUGGAUGAGUCAAUGAUCGAUCGGAUUAGCAAAUACAUCCAGAUGCACGGAGCCAAGAUGCCACAUAGCAAGGUCUAUGCAAACGAGCAACAUUCGCUGCAAGGGAAGACCGGAAAAUCUCAUCCCGUCUUCGAUGUAUACCCGUCUCCACUGCUCCUCCCUUACGCACUCUAUUUUCCCGCGUCCAUUGGUCAUAGUGCGAACCUAGACGAUCAUCUCGGCAAAUGUCGGAUGCUAUUGUUCUCCUUGCUGGCCUUAUUGGCAUGUGUCUGCCACGCGCAGGCCAAGGGUGUCUUUGCCCAUUUCAUGCUAGGAAACAGCGACAACUACACAAAAGAUGACUGGCGACAAGACAUCACCGCCGCCAAAGCAGCCCACCUAGACGCCUUCGCUCUGAACACGGGCUGGCUUGCCAACACCAAACAGCUCCUCGACGACGCAUUCUCAAUUGCCGACGAGGUCGACUUCAAACUGUUUCUCUCCCUUGACUACUCCGGCGCCGGCCACUGGCCGUCAGACCAAGUCGUCAACGUCUUGAAGACCUACACCAACAAGACCGCCUACUACCUACACCGCGAUGAUAAGCCGCUCGUCACGACGUUCGAAGGCGCCCAAGCCGCCAACGACUGGCAGGGCAUCAAACGCAAGGUCGACUGCGUCUUUAUCCCGGACUGGUCGUCCCUCCAACCUGGUGUCGCAAUGGGGCGGGCUGCAGUCGACGGCCUGAUGAGCUGGAGCGCCUGGCCCGAGGGCACACACAAUAGCAACACUACGCAGGAUAAGAAAUAUAUGGACGCGUUGAAUGGCAAGCCGUACAUCAUGCCUGUGUCGCCGUGGUUCUACACCAAUAUGAAACGCUACGAUAAGAACUGGGUGUGGCGGGGCGAUGACGUCUGGUAUAAACGGUGGCAAGACGUGCUGGAGGUUGACCCGGAGUACGUGGAGAUCAUCUCGUGGAAUGACUACGGCGAGUCUCAUUACAUCGGGCCGAUCCAUGAGCGAAGUCUGAAUGUCUUCGAUGAUGCCGAGGCGCCGUUCGACUAUGCCAAGGGCAUGCCGCAUGACGGGUGGCGGGCCUUCCUGCCGUACGUGAUCGAACAAUAUAAGAAUCCCGGGCGAGACGCCAAGAUCCAGGACGAGGGCAUCGUUUCGUGGUAUCGCCUGAAUCCGUCGGGGGCGUGCUCUGAUGGCAAGACGACGGGGAACACGGAAACCCAGGCGCAGAAGAUAUACAAGCCUGGGGAGGUCCUACAGGAUAAGAUCUUUUACUCGGCGCUGUUGGAGUCGCCGGCCGAUAUUACGGUCAGCAUUGGUGGCAAAAACAAGACGGCGACGUGGGCUGAUAAGCCAGAUGGGAACAAGGGGAUCUAUCACGGAAGUAUCGACACUGAUAAAGAAUUGGGUGACGUUGUGGUGACGCUGUCAAGGGACAAACAGUUUCUGGCGCAGAUGAAGGGAAAAAGCAUUACAGACAAGUGCGAGAACAACAUGACGAACUGGAACGCGUGGGUUGGCAACGCUACCUCAACUGGAGAACUGGCCGCGAAACACUCAUCGUCCUCCGGUGACGAUAAGGAUUCGUCGUCGACGCGGGUAGCUGUGGGGGGACUGCUCCAGGCGGCGGUGCUUGGGAUGGCGUUCUUCAAUCUGGCAUAA